AUGGCCGCCCAGGUUCCCGCAGGCUGUCUGCUGCCGCGCGUGACGAUCCAGUUCUGCACCCAGUGCAAGUGGAUGUUGCGCGCCGCCUAUUUCGCCCAGGAACUGCUCUCCACCUUCUCCACCGCCCUCGGCGAAGUCGCCCUGCAGCCGUCCACCGGCGGCACCUUUGUCGUGGCCAUCACGCAUGCGGCGGGCGGCCAGGGCGAUGCGUCGUCGCUCUCCACCAAGGUGCUGUGGGACCGCCGCAUCGACGGCGGCUUCCCGGAGACCAAGGAGCUGAAGCGCCGCGUGCGCGAUGUCGUCGAGCCCGGCCGGGAUCUGGGCCAUGUGGACCGCCACCACGCCGUGGCUGAGAAGGUCGUCGACGAUGGCGGUAAGGCUGUGGAGGGUGGAGGGAAGGACGCGAAGGAGGAGGAGAAGAAGGAAGAGGAAGAGAAGAAGGGAGAAGAAGUGAAGAAAGGAGAGGGAAGGGAGAAAUGUGAGGAUUGUCAGUAG